AAUCAUGAGGCUUCUGGUUAUCUUGCAGAGUUACCUAAUGGAGGCUGGGUUGCACCGAAUAUAUACUACAUGGGUUUCGCAAAUGUUAUAAGGUUUGCUGGUUUACGGAUAGCUGGCUUAUCCGGAAUAUUCAACGGGAGGGAAUUUAACCGAGGUCACUAUGAACGUCCACCAUACAAAGACCGCAGCGAUAUUGUUUCCUCCUACCAUGUUCGGAACCUUGAUGUUUGGCGGCUGAAACAGCUUAGACCAGCUGAUGACGAUAGCACGACCAACCCUAUUGAUAUUAUGGUCAGCCACGAUUGGCCAGCUGGAAUUGUAGAUUUUGGCGAUAAAGAUUGGCUAUUGAGAGCUUUGGAGCUUGAUAUAGCAGAUGACGCUGAUCUAAAGCUGACAUAUGAUCCACAAUGGCUAGCUAUCUUGAAGAACACAGACAACUUCACAAGCAUAUCUCGCUCAGUAAGUUUAAAUUUUUGUUGGAUGCCCAGCUCAUGUUAG